UCCCACUUCAUCACAUGACUGCUGUCUUGUGACAGAGCAGAUAACAGGGCAACGUUUUAUAAGAGUUCUUCGGAGUUCUGGUCACUAACUGCUGUCGAUCUGCUCGCAGGCGGAAGAGAUCUUAUUUGGGGCUCGUUAUGGCGUUUUUUUAGCGUGUAAAUAUUUCUUAUCCACCAUUCCUUUCCGCGAGAGUGUGAUCUGAGGGCGCUUUUAGCAGCGUGGAUCACUCGGGGACAAAGUUGGCGCAUGGAGGAGGAGGCGGUGAAGUCAAGUUGCAGUUUCCUUCGUCGUGUUUGCUGUUGUUUUGCUCGCGCGUGUCGUCGCUAAAGGGUCGCGUGACACUUGACCAAACGAGUACUGAAAGGAUUGAAACAAUAAUCUGAGCUUUAGCGAAACACGUGACUAUAUAUUAGAUUGUCUGUUUAUUUAUUUAUUUUCUGCAAAGAGCACACAUCAUUCCGGCGGAUAUGGAUAAUAAGCCUCUUCUUCAGGACAGACCCCCGGCGUACAACAGCGUCCCCGGGGCGUAUAAUUACCAGCAGCCGCAGCCGGGGUACGGAGCGAUCCCGCAACCCGCUCCCGCUCCCGCUCCCGCACCUGCAGCCUUUCCAGCACCGCCUCCGCCAUACAUCUUCCCCACUGCACAAGGUUACCCAGCAGCUCCUGCCCAGGCCGCGGCCACAGGGACUCCGGCAAACUGUUCGAGCACAUACACCAUCAUUCAGCCCUCAGUGGUGGUAGUAGGAGGAUGUCCAGCCUGCAGGGUGGGGGUGCUGGAGGAGGACUUCACCUGUUUGGGGAUCAUGUGUGCCAUUUUCUUCUUCCCCCUGGGCAUUCUCUUCUGUCUGGCCCUGCGGCAGAGGAGGUGUCCCAACUGCGGAGCCACUUUUGGCUAGACGGACCAAACCACAGCCACGUCUUGCGGCCCAUUGACCAUCGCUUGGGUUCUCUUUCUCUUUUUUUUUUUCUUUUUAAAUCCAUGUUUUACAUAUCUCUGUUGUUUAAAAAUGCAAAUCAUGCAUACUAUCAUAGCCCAAUUUAUAAUAGCAAGUCGUCAUAAGGUUUCUCAAUUAUUUUUUCUUUAAAGUAUUAGCAAAUGAAAAAGCAGCUUAAAUUUUGUAUUUUGACAUGCUAUGAAAGACUGUUGGUUUGCUUUUCUUUCUGCUUUUUUUUUCGUGUAAGCCAGUCGUCAUGUCAUCGACUCACUGGUGCCUUUAAAAUGGCUGCGAUUUAGAACUGCAGAAGAAUGGAGACCAUAAAGAGACUUAGCAAACAAGUUAAGAGAUGAUGAUCACCAUCUGAACUCCUAAUUAUGUCUCAAUCAUGGUUAUAAAUGAUAAUCACUUUUUUUGUUGAUUUCUUUUAAUUUACACCGAUGAGGACUUCUUGUCUGUAUUUCUAUGAGACGAGGAUCUACGCUGCCUGGCGCCUUGCUUGUGUGUGGUUGGGAAUCAUUGCCACAUCUCAUCAGCCUCAUUCACAGAACAAAAACAUGCUUUCCAUUCAACAUUUUAAAUCAGAAUCAUGAUUAAAUCAUGAUCAGGCUUCUAGAAGACCAAACCACUUCCUCUCCAUUCUUCACAGCAGGCCUGUUUUUAGUAUGUUCAUUAUUACCUUUAUGCCAAGCGCCUUCAUUCCCUCUAGCACAAUACACACUGUGCUGCUAGUAAACCUAAACCAGGUAGGAGGUAUUUAUAAUCUCAAUCAAAAUGGUUUUCCUGAGUCUCAACUGUCACUUAUUUCAGAAGCCAAAUUCUGAUUAUAGCACUGCACUAAUGAUUAACUAAUCAUUUAAUUAAAAUGAUUUUUUUUUCCCUUAAAUGUUAAAUUAAAAACUGAAAUAAUCAUCCUGAUAAGCAAAUCUGCAGGUAUAACACUCUAAAGAAUCUGUUCAUAUGACCCACAUCUAAUGGAUACAUACAGUAUGUUAGUGAGAUCUGAGACAAUACCAUUUUCAUUUCCUCUGCAAAUGAAAGACAAUCAGAACAGAAUGAAUGUCCCUUUGUGUUCCAGUGUUUUCCAUUGAUUAAAAAAGUCCUUGCUGCCAUUAUUUUAUCAUGUAAUUAAAUGUCAGGGGUAUUUGCUUUAGACCACUGCAUGUAUAAUCAGUUCAGACUUUUUAUAUGAACAAAACUGUAAAUAAAACUUCUAGAUAUGCUGCUG